AUGAAGGGCAGCUCCGACCGCGACCGCGACGACGUGCUCCGCCGCGAGCUGGAGGGCGUCGUGCUGCCCCGGGCCUUCCAGCUGCCGUUGAGCCCCUUCAUGGUCUGCCGCGGUCUGGACCUCGCCAAGUGCAAGGUCAUGGGCUCGGCGCAGAAGCCGCUCUGGCUCACGUUCCACAACGCGGUCCGCGCCGCGCCGCCGCACGUCGUCAUCUUCAAGUGCGGCGACGACUUAAGGCAGGACCAGCUCACGCUCCAGAUCAUCCGGUCCAUGGACGCGCUCUGGACCGAGGCGGGCCUCGAGCUGCGCAUGUCGCCCUACGGCUGCGUCGCGACGGCCGGCGCGCAGGGCUUCAUCGAGGUCGUCCAGCAGGCGAACACGCUCGCGAACAUCACCAAGGACGAGCGAUUUAGGAGCGCGGGCGCGAAGCCGCGGACGCGCGCGAGCCGCAAGUACGGCGCGGCCCACGAGGCCUACUACGGCACGGGCGCCGGCGCGGCGCUCCACGACGCGUUGGACAACUUCGCGCGGAGCUUGGCGGGCUACUGCGUCGCGACGUACGUGCUCGGCAUCGGCGACCGGCACAACGACAACAUCAUGCUCACGCGCGACGGCCGCUACUUCCACAUCGACUUCGGCCACUUCCUGGGGAACUUCAAGAAGAAGUUCGGCGUGAAGCGCGAGUCCGCGCCCUUCGUGCUCACGCCCCACAUGGAGACGGUGCUCGGCGGCCGCGGCGCGGGCGCGCGCUACCGCAAAUUCGAGGAGCUGUGCUGCAAGGCGUUCCUCGUGCUGCGGCGCCACCGGGACCACAUCAUGGUCCUGCUCAUGCUCAUGGUCGACUGCGGCAUCCCCGAGCUCGCGAAGAUCGAGGACGUGACCUGGGUCCACGGCUCGCUCAUGUUCGACGAACCCGACGACGACGCGGCCGUCUCCGGCGUCAUGGCCCUCAUCGACGCGUCGCUCAACAACAAGCGCACGCGCACCAUGCACGCGAUCCACUCCCUCGUGCACACGACCUAG